GUUCGUGUAACUUGUUGUUGGCUAGCGGUAAGACACUAGCAGGCAAAAACUCCGAACUGCUACUGCCAGUAACCUCCACUGCGGGGCCAAACGAAGCUGCGGAAGACCGAAGAAUCUCACGUUAUAUACAGCUUCACGGCGCACAUCAAGAAACUGCAUCAAUUCCAGCCGCGCGCUUGAAAAAUGAGCGUGAGCAGCCUGGUGCUCGUUGCCGCCGCGGCGUCGGCGUACGUCGUGCCCCUGCGAUCGGCGCAUCGUUUCACGACGCUGCGGCGGCGUGCGGCACCGGCAGCGGUUCCUGCUGCUGAAAAUGCCACCGAGGUCGAGUUCAGCGCGGGUCUCGUGAGCGGCGGUGCGGCCGUCGCGCCGUCGCCGCUCCAGCAAUUAUCAGAAGCCUUCGGCCUCAAGGACGCGAGCGACGCCGUCGCCUGGACGGAGCCGUUGUCAUCAGACCCGUUAAGUCAGAUAGCGCCGGACUUCACGUCGUCCCUCAGUUUCUCGACGCCCGAGGUCGCGACACCUACUAGAAGACUAUCUUUACUACGACAAAGACGGAAGCCGCGCUCCGCGGCAGCGAGUCGAGCCGUGCGCCGUAGAAGAGCGUUAGAGCGCGAACGCGCCCAGGAGCGGGACUUUGAGUUUUUGCAAAGGGCGCAAUUUGUGUCACUCGUAUUACCACCGAUCCUAGCUUUUGCAUUGUGGCCCAUGAUCGCCGACGCCAUGGCCAUCUUUUUUAAUGGACAGAACGCGGCGCAGCCCGUGGAUGGCAAUCUAUUUGCGGUGCAACUAUUGAGACCGACGGUCAACGGGGUCGUGCUGCCUACGCUUUCCGUCGCGCUGGGUACGUUGUUGGCCACCACAAUUAAUGUGCUGCGAAAUAGGCAGGUCGACAUCCGAGCCGCGCUGAACAAGGAGGCCUGCGAGCUGCGGUUGCUACGAGCGGCUCUGUUAGGCGCCUACGGCACGGCGCAACAUGCUGGACGUAGAGCAGAAGCUCUAGAUCUCGUACGAGCUUAUAGUGCGAGGAUCGUGGCCGAAUCGAGUCCGGGCGCGUUCGAGGCCAUUCGGAGGGAAGAACGCGCGGGCGGCGUCGGCGUCAAUGAAUUGGAGCCCUUGGGACGGAUGCUGCACGGCGUCGACGGCGCCUAUGCGGCGAGGCAAGGGUCGGUCCAAGCGUGUUUGCAAUUGCUGAACGAGCUGAACUCUCAUAGAAGUGAAAGAUUAGCGGCGCUGCUCGGCGGCUUCCCGCCGAUCCACUGGUUCGUCCUGUCGCAACUCGCCAUAUCUAUCCUACUCGCCUUCUUGAUCGAAUCGAACCAGGAGGUGCUUCAGUUCCUCAACUCUCUACAGUUGCGGGUCUUGUUCGCGUUGAUCGUCGCCGUGUGCAGCGGCACCGCAACUUUAUGUCUGGACCUGACGGAUCCCUUCCGCGGGCGCUUCUCGGUCGUGACGGCAACGGCCCAAAUUGUACGACUGGAAGACCUGCUCGUGGACGACGUGGACGCCGCGGAACGGCUAGUAGACGACGCCCAGACGCAGGGCGUCUUGGAUGCGGUGUUCUUUCAUACCCUGACGUCGGGCUUCGCGGCGCCGGUCCGCGCGGUCGGCGACGUCGUGUCCUACGCGGUCCGGCCCAUCUCGCGCCGGAAGCGGCGGCGCACGGAUGACUCCUAA